AUGGUGUCUUCACUAACUAUUAAACGCCUAUUAUCUUCAACUGUUGAUGGUACUGCUCAUUUGUGCGUCUAUGAUGCAAACCACAAUGGAGAUGAUCUCACUGUAACUAUCUCUUGUCCGACGGCCGCUGGAUGCUGUGAAAAAGGAUGCUGUAAGCUUCCAGCCCAUUUCAUAUCUGACCAUUCCAAUGUGUCCGCGAUGUCAGAAGAACCAAUCAAUUCAGCAAGUCAUGUCAAUGAGACAAUUCUUCUGAUCACACUCACAAUAAUGGUUUUCUUUUUUGGAUGUGUUUCGAUUCUUUUUAUUUUUAGAAAGGUUCAAAAUCUUCGCGACAAAGUAGAAGAGCCUGACUUCGUCUAUCAUGCUUAUCGUCAGCCAUCGCCGAAUGUAAGUGAGAAAGCGGCUGCGAAGAACAUGACGAAUGUGAUUCUGACCGACUACCGUGACCUCUCUCAUUUUGAAUCCCAAUAA